CUCGCAGAAAUGAGUUCAGUUUGAUUCCGGAGUACACACGAUCGGUUGAUGUCCGUGGUACGUGAGCUUAGAGUCCGCUGAUCUUUCUAUCAUGUACGUUCAUAGUUAGAUGUGUUAUCAUUUCUAGUCCAUUGACUAUUAAUCCUAUGUACAUAGUACUAUUAUACCUAAUCAAAUUUAAAACCAAAUAAAACAAGACAUUGAGAUGAAUGAACACUGUGAUAGUGGUUGCUUCUCAACCGGGUGCGGACGUUUUGACACGACGCGAUCCAUAGAUGAACAUGAUGCUACAGAUGAUGACAUGACCUUCUGCAUGUCCAACUAUGCGAAAGAGGCACUUAAAAUGAUGUUCAUGAUGCGAUCGCAUGGCAUGCUCACAGACGUUGUUCUAGAGGUGAAAAAGGAGCUAUUUCAUGCGCACAAGGUCAUUCUGUCAGCUGCAUCGCCAUACUUUAAGGCCAUGUUCACGGGUGGCCUAAAGGAGUCGGAGAUGUCGCGCGUGCAGCUGCAGGGAGUAUGCCCCACGGCAAUGGCCCGAAUCCUUUACUUCAUGUACACUGGUCAAAUACGCGUGACGGAGGUAACUGUUUGUCAGCUUUUGCCUGCGGCAACCAUGUUCCAAGUACAGAAUGUUAUUGAUGCGUGCUGUGCCUUCCUAGAGCGUCAAUUGGAUCCAACGAAUGCUAUCGGCAUUGCCAAUUUCGCCGAACAGCAUAGCUGCGUUGAGCUGCAGAAGAAAGCCAACUACUUUAUUGAGCGCCACUUUACCCAAGUAUGUCAAGAGGAGGAAUUUUUGCAGCUGUCCGCCUAUCAACUGAUAGCUCUUAUCAGGCGGGACGAACUUAAUGUGCAGGAGGAGCGUGAAGUGUACAAUGCAGUUCUGAAAUGGGUAAAGUACGAUGAGGAUAAUAGACAUAGCAAGAUGGAGCAUAUUCUUGUCGCAGUUCGUUGUCAGUUUCUGACGCCCAACUUCCUUAAGGAGCAAAUGAAAAACUGUGACGUUCUGCGCAAAGUACCAGCGUGCCGUGAAUAUUUAGCAAAGAUCUUUAAGGACUUAACAUUGCAUAAGUGUCCAGGCGUCAAAGAGCGUACGCCAAAUACAACACGUAUGAUAUUCGUCGCUGGUGGCUUUUUCCGACACUCGUUGGACAUACUUGAGGCCUACAAUGUCGAUGACAAGACCUGGACAACCUUACCAAACCUGCGCAUUCCACGUUCCGGUCUGGGGGCUGCGUUCCUCAAGGGGAAAUUUUAUGCGGUGGGUGGACGUAACAACAACAUUGGAUCAUCCUACGAUUCCGACUGGGUGGAUCGUUACAGUGCCAUAAGUGAGACGUGGAGGCCCUGCUCACCGAUGUCUGUGCCACGCCAUCGAGUGGGCGUGGCCGUCAUGGACGAGCUAAUGUAUGCUGUGGGUGGAUCGGCAGGCAUGGAAUAUCACAAUACAGUGGAAUAUUAUGACCCAGACCAAGAUCGGUGGACACUUGUCCAGCCAAUGCAUUCCAAACGCUUAGGAGUUGGCGUUGUGGUUGUUAAUCGAUUGCUAUACGCCAUCGGUGGCUUUGACGGCAACGAGCGUCUUGCCAGCGUGGAAUGUUAUCAUCCGGAAAACAAUGAAUGGAGUUACUUACCUUCCCUAAAAACUGGCCGCAGCGGAGCAGGAGUUGCUGCAAUUGAUCAGUUUAUCUAUGUUGUGGGUGGAUUUGAUGGUACACGCCAACUAGCGACUGUGGAACGCUAUGAUACGGAGACUGAAACAUGGGACAUGGUUGCACCAAUUCAAAUAGCGAGAAGUGCAUUAUCCCUUACCCCACUCGAUGGCAAGUUGUACGCUAUUGGAGGUUUUGACGGCAACAACUUUCUAUCCAUCGUUGAAGUAUAUGAUCCGCGGACAAACACUUGGGAGCAAGGGACUCCUUUAAAUUCUGGCCGAUCCGGACAUGCUUCCGCAGUCAUAUACCAGCCGUCCUGUGAAAGCACAUUCAUGGAUUAUGAGGAAGGUGAAGCGCACAAGCCCGAUGGCAGCAAUGGUGAAAUGCACAGUGAAUUGUCUCGAGAUCCUUGUGGAAGCCUCAAUCAAAGCUUUUGUGGCAUUGCAUCCAAUAUGCAGUUUCAUGCGUCCUAUGGUUCAAAAGGGUGCAACAACUGUGAUUCUGAUAUUACAGCUAAAGUCGAGAGUCCUGCAGAAUUGCGGGAUAAAACUGUCAUGUGGGAAAGUAUAAAUCAAUCAAGCCGAUUUCGAAAGAUACAGAGUACUGACCACGAUCCAGGCGAACCAGAUCCGAACAGUUUCCUAACGCUACAGCCCUUGUUUUCCACAUCUAAAUUAAAAGAGCUACCAAACUCCAUAUCCAUAGGCAACAAAUUGUCUCCUAAUCAAAGCAAUUCAACACCUCGUUGCUUAUUGACCCCAGUUUGCACAGCCAUGCAAAACGUGAUACACAAAAGCAUAGAAUGGCGCCAUAAAAUGUGCACCUCAUGACAAUUAUUUAAACCACCAAGCGUAGUCGUAUAACCAAAAAUAUUAUCCAUUUCCUAAGUCCGUAAGUUAUCGAAUUCACUUGAACUCACACAUACUAUUCCAUAAAGACAACCAUUCCAGCCAAUAUAUGCAAUUUGUUGCAUUUCAUAAUUAUAACCUGCGAUUAGGCAACUUUAAACUUUACGCUUGGUAUUUUGUAAGGUGAUUGUAUAUAUACAGAUAAUAAUAUGUAUGUAAUAUAAUUUGUACGAUUUUCAUAAGCUUAACUUGUACUGGCGCACUUCAUGUGUGCCAUAUUCACAACGCAUAAGUGUUAGAUUUUUAAGGAUAAGUAGAAAGUAUAUAAAACAAUUGAUUUGAAUAAUGUACUUCAAUGUUUGUACGUACUAGAUUAGAUUACGUACAGUCAAAAUAUUGUAUUUAUAAAGUAUGCUCCUAAAUAAAAAAUAGUUUAUUAUUUAAAACUCGAA